GGUUUUGUUUUUCUUUGCUCUUUCUGACAUUUUUAUUCGAGAACUAUGGAGUUAUUGCUACGUUUUAGCAGCCACACAUGGCAAAUCAACUUCUGAGAUUCCCUCUGCCGCUCCAGCAACUUCAGCAGAGGAUGAACUCAAGCCGCAAAAUAGCCAACGUAUCCAGAAUUCUUUGCAUAUUGCUGUAAUAGGGGUCCCGAAUGCAGGAAAGAGUACCUUUAUUAAUAAUUUAAUCAAUCACCGGGUUUGCCCUACAUCUUCAAAAGUGCAUACAACACGAAAAGCUAGCAAGGCCAUUUAUACCACAGGAAAAACGCAAUUGGUUUUGUAUGACACACCGGGGUUAGUGACGCCACGCGAGAUGAAGCGGCACAGUCUCGAGCAAAGCUUUAAAUCUGCCUACAAACACGCAAUACAACAUGCCGAUAUUAUCGCCUGCAUGCACGAUGUUUCGAAUUCAUGGACUCGUAACGCUCUACACCCUACCGUACUCGAAACAUUAAAAGAAUACGAUCAUUUGCCAAGCUUUUUAAUCCUAAACAAGAUUGAUGCACUAAAGUCAAAACGAGUUUUGCUCGAAUUGAUACGGGUUUUAACUAAUGAUACACUUAGCAGCCCUCAAUCUUAUUGGAAUCGUAAACGUAAAAUACAGGCCAAGUCAAGUGAAGAAACAAAUACAAGUCUAAAAACGAAGUCGGAAGAAAGUAAACACAAAGAUGUGAGUUGGAGUAGUUUUCAUGAGGUCUUCCUUGUCUCCUCCAUUACCGGCAGUGGAUUAAAUAACAUUCAGGAUUAUCUAAUAAAGCUUGCGAAAGAACGAGCCUGGGAGUACUCCAAAGGAACUUUUACUGAUGUUAAACCAGAAACUUUAAUUGUGGAGAGUGUGCGCGCCAGACUUUUGGACUAUUUGCCCCAAGAGAUACCUUAUAAUUUGCAAAGCGCAAUCGAGUAUUUCUCUGAAGAAAAUGGUACGAUAUACGCGUCAGUGGAAGUCACCUGUCCUUCAGCUCGUAUUGAGCGUUUAAUUUGUGGUGAAUCUAAUGGUAGAUUGAGGCAAAUUACUGAACGUGUGACAUCUGAUCUAGUGGAAACAUUCGGCAAGCCUAUAUCGUUGACCAUUGCAACAAGGAGUAAGAAACACGAUUAAAAUUAUAAAGAAAUAUAAACAAUUCUCUAAACGUUAAUAAUUAAAUAUAAAAUGUAAAG